AUGGCCUGGUGCCUGGGUGCCUUGCUUUUACAUCUCGCGCUGUUGACAAUAUGCCCAUGUUUGGCAGACCAACAUGGCACGACUCGUGUAGCUUUAUACAUGGAUGCCACAAGUGACGUCCUUGACUUCAAUUGGAAUGAUGGCCCAAACAACCUGCUAGAGCAGCUUGAGCAGCUUGGCUUCCAUGUUCAGGCUUCGCAUGCUCAUCAGCCAAACCUUCUUGGCACUGACAAGCCAUCAGCCUACGUUGUGCCUGUACAAAACGGACACCUGUUUUACAGCUCAGUUGAGGAUAUGGGCGCUGUGGCUGCUUAUGUCCAUUCGGGCGGCUUGGUUAUCAUCUUGGACGCAAACCACGGCGAAGGCGAAGCCCUCCGCAAUUUCGUCGGCUCUUCUCUGGGCUAUGAGGAGGAUGCACGCGCAAUCACAUAUACAACUUGGUGCCGUCACGAGGAUGAAUUUGCAGUGACCUUGCCGCUUUAUACGUCUCAACUUGACUCCACAAGGGUGGCAGUUCAGGCUUUCAGCAAGGUUAAUAACCCUGGAGCUGUCGUCUGGUUAGGAUAUGACUGGACGGAUGGCCCACAAGACCAGUGGGGCGCUCUUCUAAAGAAGCUCGUCACAGAUUUCGCGCAAGGAGCUUACUACGCGCCUUUGUUCGGAAACGCCGACGCACAUCCCUUGUUUGCUGUGGACGCCGUCUUGGAGACCGCAUCGGAUGUCGUUGCGGAUGCAGCUGAGAUUGUGCGGCGCUUCCUGGCGGUUCCCGGAAUGUAUCCCUCCACGCCGGCAAACCCCCCUCCCUCUUCGCCCCCCGAGCUUACGGGCUUUCCCCCACUGCCACUUGGCAAGGCCAUGGAAGUUGCAAAGUAUACGGCAGUGUACCAAGAACCAGCUGGGGAGGAGUUUGACUUCAUGGGGCUCAUCAAUCGCCUGAAAAUCUCGGUGGCUGCUGCAAACGACGUGCCGACUGGCAACGUGAUUGUCAACUUUAUCAUUUUCCCCAACGGAACCGGCUUGCGCGGACAUUGGCGUCGUCGCGCAAUUGAGACUUCCGAGCGCAUCUUCACCGAUACAGAGAUUGCUGAGAUGUAUGCGAAGACGGAUGUGCGGCCCCUUGAGCUUUACCUUGUCAACAAGGCCCCCAUCACGGAUGAGAUGAUGCUUCAGCUUGCGCAAGAGGAGACGGAGUUUAUCCGUCGUGCGAUGCUGGACGGCACGGCGGAUAACGCAGCACAAGGCGGCCUUCUUCAGAUUGGUUACCUUGUUAUCAAAAUUAUCAGUGUGGCCUAUCCUCCAUCGCCACCGCCCUCGCCGCCGUUGGAGCCUGGACAGAUUGCCCCGCCUAUGAUGCCCCCUUCGCCGCCCGAGCGACCCUCCUUCCCCCCACCUUCGCCUCCUGUCAACUUCACCCGUAUUGAGCUUGAGACUGGUGCAUUUGGCGUCAAAGAUGGCUGGUCGCCGCCAUCGCCGUCGCCGCCGCAACAACCGUCGCCGCCGCCAAUGCCGCCGUCGUCCCCGUUAUCCCCAUCCCACCCGAGCCCGUCGGCUCUUCCAUCGCAGCCUCCACCAGUAUUUCCUGUGCAGUCGAUUCCAUCACCGCCAUCGCCAUCUCGGCCCUCCCUUUCGCCGCCGUCUCCAUCUCCUCCGUCACAGUCGCCGCCUGCACCGCCAUCCCAGGUGUCUUUAUCGCCGCCUCUGCCUUCACCAUCGUUGCCGUCACCGCUGCUUCCAUCACCCAAGCCGCCGUCACCCAAGCCGCCAGCGCCGUCACCAUUGCCAAAGCCGAGGUCGCCUAAGGCGCCACGGAAGCCACCGUCACCAAAGCCCCCAUCCCCAGCGGCUCCUCCUCCCUCGCUUUUUAUCAAGGUCACGAACGUCUCUGCUCACGGCGCGCGUGGCAGUAGCAGGUCUCUUGUUUGGAAUGAUGACGGGGACUUCAAGUCACAGCUGACAAAGCAAUCUCCUCUCCAACUGGUCUACCCGGCAAAGCCGUCAUGUCCGACAACCUGCACGGCCUGUCAGUACGCGUGGAAAGCGACCGCGGACCAGCUCAGUGUUGCGGUAUUUUUCAAGGAGCCCAUGCAGAUUUCGCGCAUAUACCUCAAGCAGAUUAGGAAUUCCGGAGUUAUUACCGUCCAAUUCAUUAGAUGGGUGUACCCUCCGCGGGGCGUGGUUGAGGGCAACCUUGGCCGCACCGUCUGGAAUGUUACUGACGACACGAGCAUGUGCCAGUCGGUGUUGGCGAUCAACGUUAGGCCCGCAAAGAGCGGCAUGAACCUGGCUGUGCCAGCGGGCGGCAGCCCGGCAAACUUGCCUACCAAGCUGCAGGCCACUGCCAUUGGCGGCGUUUUGGUGACCAUGGAGCGGCCUCGCAAUGCGGGGCUAAACUACGGUCCCUUCCUUGAGUGGAUUCGCUUCAGUGGCCGUGCCUUGUACCCUUCGGGAUUGGUUCCGUACAACUAG